UGUUCCCAACGACGAACCUAUCCGCUGGAGAAUUUCACAAUUUUGGCAGUUUAAGCGAUGUUACACACUCAGUAGAAAUUUAUUACCUCUUUCGAAGUUCUAUGUUCGACUAGAUUCCUACUGUGCCUGCUUAGUCGGUCUCGGUCUGACCUCAACUCCCGCCUGUCACCCGUCAUGUGGCUACGGUACUCAUGUCGAGAUGCCAUAUUCACGGCAUUCUCGAUCCUAAUGGCCACUGGUCUUGUAGCUUCAUAUGACCUUGAUGUUGGUUCAACAGAUUCCAUCAAGAACACCGCCAAGCAGAUGGCUCAAGACUUGGUAUCGUUUUACCAUGGCGACGAACCUGGGCAGACCCCUGGUCUUCUCCCACAACCAUAUUACUGGUGGGAGGCCGGUGCUAUGAUGGGCUCGUUGAUCGAUUACUGGUAUUACACCGGGGACACUACUUACAACCACAUCGUAGAGCAAGGCUUACUUCACCAAGUUGGACCUUAUAACGAUUAUAUGCCGCCCAAUCAGACAUUAACCGAGGGCAACGAUGACCAAGGAUUUUGGGGAAUGUCAGUUAUGACAGCCGCCGAGUAUGGAUUUCAAAACCCGCCAUCAGACCAACCGGGAUGGCUAGCUCUUGCCGAGGCUGUCUUCAACACACAAGCUGCCCGAUGGGACCCGGAAAAUUGCAAGGGUGGUUUGCGAUGGCAGAUCUUCACUUGGAAUAAUGGUUUCGAUUACAAGAAUUCAAUUUCGCAGGCCUGUUUCUUCAAUAUCGCAGCCCGGUUAGCCCUUUACACUGGAAAUAGCUCCUACGCGGACUGGGCAGUCAAGACCUGGGACUGGAUGGUUGGUGUCAAGUUAAUGGACGACAACUACAGGGUUUAUGACGGAACGCAUAUUGAGGACAAUUGCACUACUUUAACCCCAUACGAAUUCUCGUACAACGUCGGCGCGUUCCUCCUUGGUGCCGCAGCUAUGGUGGAAUACUCUAAUACGACGAAGAACUCGGGCGAUGUCGAGAUGUGGCAUGAACGGGUCGAUGGGCUUCUCAACAGCACGGAGAAUAUAUUCUUCUUCGGCAACACCACCGAGGAUAAGGUCAUGAUCGAGAUCGCCUGCGAACCUGUUAGUCUAUGCGAUACCGAUGCACUUAGCUUCAAGGCAUAUCUUAGUAGGUGGAUGGCAGCAACGACGAAGUGGGCGCCCUGGACAUUCAAUCGCAUCAAAACCCUCUUGUCGAAUUCUGCCGUUGCAGCUGCGAAGCAAUGUACGGGUGGCGAUAAUCAUCGCAUGUGCGGACAAAAAUGGGCUAACAAUAGCGGGCAAUGGGAUGGCACGUCGGGUGUUGGACAGCAAAUGUCGGCAAUGGAGGUGGUGCUUGCUAACAUGAUCGAGCAAUCAAAAGCCCCAGUUACCAAUAGCACUGGUGGAACUAGUAUUGGCAAUCCAGCGGCCGGCGGUUCAGACGAAGGACGAGUCGAUCCCACCGGAAGAUACUAUAAGACGGUAUCUACCGGCGACCGAGCAGGUGCAACUAUUUUAACCAUUAUUGUUCUAUUCUCCCUGCUGAGCGGAUUGGCCUUCAUGAUGACGGACGAGACGAAAUCGGCGGCCGAUAACUGGGCUAGCUUUCGUUCGACCUUCUCGGCCGCUUCCGGUGCUGCGGUCCUGGCCGCCCUUACACCGGGCGCUAAGAAGCCUAGCGUGGAAGAGAAGGGUAAAGCAGUUGCAAUGGAUAGGAGCUCGAGUACCGACACAGGCGAAAAGAUUCCAACCGUUUAUUCGGCCGGGAGGUUACAGAAACGUCCGGAAAGUAUGUCACGACGAGAGACUAGAAAUCGCAUGUCAGCACCCGGCAUAUUCGCACCCGCCACCGACCCUACGACAACAUCGGCGACUAAUACCGACCGUCGCUUAUCUUCGAAUAGUGUCGGACAGCGAUCAUCGGUGCUGCGGAAACAGAGGCAGUAAUAAUCUGAUUAAUCGUAAUGAUGGAAGAAUAAUUGGAUUCGAUUGUACAUACGGAUACAGAAAACAUAUGGCUUUUGCAUUAGGAACGGCGUUUAUCAAAGGGGCUUUUUUCGCAUUUGUAUGGAGGGACUGGCUAAACUCCAUGGGAAUUACUUUUCUGGCUUUCAACGUCAUUACGAUAGCACGAUCGAUCGGUCUAGGCAUAGACAUGCAUUAGGAUGGGAUAGAAUACACGAAUGAACGCACAGACAGAUGGGUGGAGGAAUUUACAUGUAAAAAGCCAUAAGAUACCACAAAUAGCUACAUAUUUGCCUUCCUUCGUAAAUGUUUUUAUU